AUGGGUCGGGUCAUCAGGGCACAAAGGCGCUCGCACGCCAUCUUCAAGGCGCACACCCAUCUCAACAAGAACCCCGCCCAGCUCCGCGCGCUCGACUUCGCUGAGCGCAACGGGUACGUGCGCGGCAUCGUGAAGGAGAUCAUCCACGACUCUGGCCGCGGUGCUCCUCUCGCCCGCGUCGUCUUCCGCGAUCCCUACCGCUACAAGCUCCGCAAGGAGACCUUCAUCGCGACCGAGGGCAUGCACACUGGCGCAUUUGUCUACUGCGGCAAGAAGGCAACCCUCGCCGUCGGCAACGUCCUCCCCGUCUCGGCGUGCCCAGAAGGUACCAUCAUCUGCAACGUCGAGGAGAAAGUCGGUGACCGCGGUGCGCUCGCGCGCACGUCGGGCAACUACGCGACCGUCAUUGGUCACUCGCCCGAGGAGAACAAGACCCGCAUUCGUCUGCCCAGCGGUGCGAAGAAGACCGUCGCUGGUGGUGCGCGCGCGACCAUCGGGAUCGUCGCCGGUGGUGGCCGUAUCGACAAGCCUUUGCUCAAGGCCGGCCGUGCGUUCCACAAAUACAAGGCCAAGCGUUACAACUGGCCUCGCACUCGUGGUGUGGCUAUGAACCCCGUCGACCAUCCUCAUGGUGGUGGUAACCACCAGCAUAUCGGAAAGGCAUCGACGAUCGCCCGCUCUGCCGUUCCCGGUCAGAAAGUCGGUCUCAUUGCCGCCCGCCGGACUGGUCUCCUGCGUGGUUCGGUCAAGGUCAAGGAGGCAUGA